AUGGAGGAGAAAACGGAAUGUGAUAGCUCGUAUCCGCAAAUGUGCCAACCGAUCGUGACGCUAAAGGGGCUGCUCGACUUUGAAAAAGGACCCCAUCCCUGGAAGAAUCUGGUCGAACCGAUCGCACCUCGGUCCAGGUCGCGGUAUCUGGGCGAACGGUACCAGGUGCUCAAUUUUGCCGAUGACCCCGUUACUUACGUGGAGAACGCAUCCCGACCGCAGGUAUUGCUAUGCCACGACUUCAAGGGUAACUAUCUGAACGACAAAUAUAUCAACGGUGUGCAAGGCGAAGAGCAAUGGGUGGACUACCGCUUCUACAACUGGGCCGCGAUCGAUAUCUUCUGCUACUUUAGCCACAACUUCGUUACCGUACCGACGCUACAAUGGCUCAACUGUGCGCAUCGCAAUGGUGUGAAAGUGAUCGGUACGUUGAUCGUGGAGCAAAAGAAUGUACAGCUGCUGCGGGACAUACUGCAAUCGGAAGAGUUUAUGGUGCGCGUCGUGGAAGCACUUGUGCAGGUGUCGAAGGUGUGCCAGUUUCACGGCUGGUUGCUGAAUAUCGAGUGUGCGCUGGAAUCGUCGAAAGUUGGGAUGCUGCGGGACUUUGUUCAGUUGCUGACCGAACGAUGCCAUGCAGAGAUUCCGGGCAGCUUGGUGAUCUGGUAUGAUGCCAUCGCGAAGAACGGUCGGGUCGAUUGGCAGAACGAGCUGAACAGUGCGAACGAUGCGUUCUUUCUAGCGUGUGACGGUAUCUUUCUGAACUAUGCCUGGGAUCGGCAGAAGCUGGAACGGACGGAAAACUACAUCCGCAACUACUGUCCGGACCGUCGGUUGGAUGUGUUUGUCGGGAUCGAUGUGUUUGGCCGCAGCCAAAAGGCGCAGAUGGACACGAACGCACCGCUCGAACAGGUGAUGAACUUUCCAUUCUCCGUCGCACUGUUCGCACCCGGGUGGACGUUCGAAUCUCUCGAGGAAUCAUCCCGGCGGGACCAGCUCGAACCGGACGAUCGGAACGUACAGUUUCUGCAGAUGAACGACCGGUUUUGGAAUCGGCUGUGGCGCCAUCUGUACGUACGGGGACCGAUGCAGCUCCCGUUCUACACCUCGUUUUGUCUUGGAUCGGGCAAAUUUUACAACCGGCUUGGCAAAACCCAGUCCGACGAGUGUUGGUUUAAUCUGGCGAAGCAAAACUUUCAACCGUCCAUCCCGUACACGCCACCACUUGAGUACGAAACGCGCAACGAUCCACUGUCCCACUGGACGCACCACUUUGACGGUGCACUCGACGGUGGUUCGUGUCUGAAGCUGCGCAAUGAUGAGCACGAUAAGCGGCUGUUUGCGUGCGAUUUUCCAUGUUCAAACGAUCUGAUCGUGUGUUACGCGUACCGGCGUAGUAACCCAACGACGGUUGAUCUAGCGCUCGUACUGAAAGCGUACUGCCCCCGGCGGCACGAGUGCGUCCGUAUUGUCUGUGCCAAUGCCGACUGUCACGUGGGUGAUCGGAAUGAAAUGCGCGCCAUACCGCUGGACAAGGAGGAAUCAUUGCAGCUGCUCAAGCUUGGCGCUGUGUCACAGCUUCCACUUGCCGACACGGUCAACGGUUGGGACAUCAGAUACUACUAUUUAUCGGCCGAGGAGCUCCCAACAAGUAUCCGGAUUGUGGAUAUCGGUAUGAAGCUGCACAAGGAACCGGAUGCACAUUCGACCGAUUACGCUCUGCUCGGUGCCAUCCAUCUACAAGUCGGUAUACCGACGCAUCGUGAUUAUCUGACCCAACGUACUGUGCUAUUCUUCGAUCGUCCCGAGUGA